UAUAUUUACCUUUUUUAUGAUGCACGCAUCCAGGGCAGAACAGAGAAGGGUACAGAGUACAGCUACGACAUAGAAGAAGAAGAACAACAACAACAAAAAGAAAAAGAAAAGGGGGAAAAAGAAGUGAAACUACAUGAUUACCCGCAAACAAAAACAAUAAAUUACAGCAAUUCAGCGGUAAGGCCAUAAACUCCACCCAGAGAGAGGGAUAAAAGAAGGAAAGUUGUAAAAAAAAAAAAAAGAGAACUGGUCUUUUAGAGGGGGGAGUAGAGAGAUGGAACUAAAAAAAUGGAGUUGUUGCAUGAUUGAGUGGGUGAGAUAGAGGGAAAAAUGGAGCUUAAGAGAAAGAGAAAGAACCGGGUGAAGGAUAACAAAAGGAGCUAUUUUGGUGAAAUGGAUCUUCUUUUAUUGAAGUUAGGAGAUGGGUUUCAUGGCAUGCAAAGCAAGAUGGGGUGGGUUUGAUAAAUCUUGAAAGAAACCGUAUAUAUAAUUUUAUUUUUCUAGGAUAAAAUCUUGUCUUUCUGUUAUCUCUGAUCCUUGAAAAAAAAAAAAACAGCUUCUUUGUCUUUUCGCUUGCAUACAAUACAAAUGCACUUUCAGUUACAGGCUAAAGGGGCGGUAGAAAUCGUGGGUUUUGGUUCGAUUUGUCAACAAGACAAGUGGAUAAAGCAGCAAGAAGCUAAUAGCUUUAGCUUUGCAAACAGCUUCCACUACAACAACGAACAAGAACCAACUUCUGUUCUUCAUAUGAGAAGAAGCCAAAGCCCACCCACAUCAGCAUCCACUCUUUCUUCUUCUUUCAACGGCGGAGCCACCGGUGCCGCCGGCAGGGGAAAUUCCACCGACAACACCACCACCACAGCGGCCACCAUAGCACCACCUGAGACUCAACUUCCAAACAACAACAAAGAAGAAUGGGCCUCGGAGCUCCAACUGAUCCCGAGUGAACUAGACCUUGUUCCAGGGCCGGGAGCUGUUCAAAGAUGCAACCUCGGAUUGGAAGAUUGGGAGACUAUGCUGUCUGAAUCAGCCGUGUCACCAAGUCAAGACCACUCGCUUCUGCGUUGGAUCGCUGGUGACGUGGAUGACCAUUCUUUUGGUCUCAAACAGCUGCUUCAGACUGGGAGUAGUGGUCCUAGUCAGGGUCUUGAGUUUGAAGGCAAUGCAGGGUUGGGAGUUAUUGAUCAAGGUCCAGGGUUUGACCCAAUCGGUAGCCUUGUUAGUUCUGGUCCUGUUAAUGUGAUUUCAAGUGCUGCUCAUAAUUUGGGUGGUUUUCCUGGUUCUGGGUUUAUGCCAAAUGCCAACAAUAAUGGGAAUGGAAAGAUUGGUUCAGUCAUGCCAAGUUGUUCUUCAGUUGCGGUGGUUAACAAUCACAAGGUUCUUGGUCCUACUGUUGGGUUCAAUACGAAUAUUCAAAAUCCAAUGUUUACUUCUCCAGCCGAAAAUAUUGGACAUCCUGUUUCUUUGCCUCUGCUUUAUCAACAGCAGCAACAAGGUCAAUAUCUUGAAAGCCAAGAAGAGAAACCUCAGAUUUUGAACCCUCAAAUUUUGAUGGGUCAGCUACAUCAUCCGCAAAAUCCAAACUUUUUCUUGCCAUUACCUCAAGAACAACAGUUCCUUCAGCCUUUACCAAAGCGCCUCAAUCCUGGUAACUUAGAACUUUCUUCUCCGAUCCCAAAACUGCCAUUUUCUGAUGCCGGCCAUGACUUGUUUAUGAGAAAGCAGCAGCAACAGCUUAUGGGGUUUCCUCAUGGUGUCCCGUUUGUUCCUCAGCAGAAGCCCCUGAUGGUGGCAAAACAGAAAGUGUCGAGUCCAGAAGAGGAGAUGGCUCAACAACAGCAACAACAUCAGUACCAGUUACACCAGCAACAACAAGCCACAUUGUUCGAACUGCUUUACAAGGCUGCAGAGUUGGUAGGGACUGGGAAUUUUUCACACGCGCAAGGGAUAUUGGCGCGGCUCAAUCACCAACUGUCUCCAGUAGGAAAGCCCCUUCAAAGGGCUGCUUUCUACUUCAAGGAGGCUUUGCAAUUACUUCUCCUCAUGAAUAACCCAGUCUCUCCCCCGCCUCCAAGGAGCCCCUCCCCUUUCGAUGUUUUCUUCAAAAUGGGGGCUUACAAGGUCUUCGCUGAAGUAUCUCCGCUUAUCCAAUUCGUAAAUUUUACCUGCAACCAGGCCCUUCUUGAAGCACUUGAUGGUGCUGAUCGGAUUCACAUUGUGGACUUUGAUAUUGGAUUUGGUGCUCAAUGGGCUUCCUUUAUGCAGGAGCUUCCCAUGAGGAGUAGAGGAGCUCCCUCAUUAAGAAUUACUGCCUUUGCCUCACCUUCAGCGCAGCACCCUAUUGAGCUUGGGCUUAUGCGUGAAAAUCUUAUGCAGUUUGCUAAUGAAAUUGGUGUAAGUUUUGAGCUUGAGGUGCUUAAUUUUGAUUCUUUAGAUCAAACCCCUUAUUCUUUGCCUAUGUUUCGGUCAAAUGAAAAUGAGGCAGUUGCGGUGAAUUUCCCUGUCUGGUCUUCAUCAAAUCAGCCCUCUGCUUUGCCCAAUCUUCUGCACUUUGUGAAGCAGCUUUCGCCCAAAAUUGUGGUGUCUUUAGACCGAGGGUGCGAUAGAAAUGAUCUGCCAUUCGCACAACAUAUAAUCCAUGCCUUUCAGUCAUAUAUAAACCUAUUAGAAUCACUUGAUGCCAUUAAUGUGACUUCUGACGCUGUUAACAAGAUUGAGAGGUUCCUUCUUGUGCCAAGAAUUGAAAGCGCUGUGUUGGGGCGUCUGCAUGCACCUGAGAGGAUGCCUCUUUGGAAGACACUUUUUUCCUUAGCUGGUUUCGCCCCUAUAACAUUCAGUAACUUCACCGAAACUCAGGCAGAAUGUUUGGUGAAGAGGGCUCAAGUGAGGGGGUUUCAUGUUGAGAAGCGCCAGACUUCACUUGUGCUUUGCUGGCAGCAAAGGGAUCUUAUCUCAGCUUCAGCUUGGAGGUGCUGAGGAGCAGCAUUGGACAGGCAGGGGAGGUUGGUUUUUAUAGCAAUUCAGAAUCGAUCGACUCUAUCCUGAAGUACAAAUUAUGUCAAUAAUUACUAAACUCUGCUGCUUUUAUGACUUAAUACUUGUGAAUUGUCUUGCUUAUGGGUCUUCUCUGCAUGUUUAUCUAGUAUAGACACUAUUCCCAGUAGAGAAAAAAUCUGACGGGAAAAGUCUAGUAGGGUUUUUUGUUUUGAACACAUUGAUAUUUGCUGCUAUGAUAUUCUGCUGUCUUUUGUUUUUUUGCUGAGAAGCUGUAUUUUCUUCUGGGUAAGGUGGUGAUUACUUGUUGUAUAUUUGACAACAAAUGAGAGCUAAAAUUGCAAAUAUAACGUACCAGAAUCUAGUUUUAUGUUUCUGGGGUGCUGUUGAUAAGUUCUCAAAUUGUAUGUUAGUUUGAUAUUUGAAUCCUAACUCCUACUUUACUACUACAUUUCACAUAAUGCAUGUUUUAUCAUGAGAAUGAAACUUGUAUGCCUUCUUUUUUUUUUUUUAUUUGUGUGGUUGGAGCUAUUGCCUAGUUUAGAACUGGUUCAUCUAAUAGCGAAUGAUUAAAAAUUAUGUUUCUUGUGCAUGACUAGAGUAGUGAAUUUUCUU